GUUUUCCGAUUCGGUAAUAGACUGUCAAUGUUUUUGGAGUUUUAUUAAAAAUAAACUACUGUUGUGACGGAUCGCUAGACUAUGUUAUAAUACGAAUACGUGUAGGUUAGGGUGGUUUUCACAAUCUUAUUUUUUGGCAGAUAUGAAGAAGGAAUGACUACUAAAUGCAGUCAACCUGACACUUUACCAUGCCUGACCAAGAUAAAAAGGUAAAACGAACGGACAAAGGACGAUUGACAAAGACAAAAGGAAGUGCUGACAAGGCAUUCUCAGACCUCAAAAGACUCUACUCCUUGCUUAGUGUUCCAGCAGCAAGCAAAAGUCAGGUUGGAGCUGUGAGCUGUAACAAGGCAUGUAGCAGUGUUGCAAAAUCACAGCAACAGCCCUCUCUUCAAAGGAAUAGUACCAUUAAAAACAGGAAUCAACAACAACAAUCCACUGAGGAUAUAGAAUUGGAGAAUUUUAGCGUGACUUACAAGAAUGAAAGAAACUUCAGCAGCCGACCACAGCACAAACAUUUUCUGGACAUAUUCACUGCUCUGGUUAAGAACAGAUUAACCUCCAGUGAGUGGACUGAUCAUGCCCAAGCUGAUAACUUCCUGCGAGUGUUGAUUUGCCUGCGACUGCUAAUGAGAGAGCCACUGUACCAGAAAGUUUUUCACAAGCUACAAGGAAUUGAUUGUCUAGCUCAGCACAUGGAGACAGUUUCAAAUGAAUAUCUUGAAUGUGGAGAAGAGCCAUUUGUAAUGGACAAGCUGGUCAAUAUGACGUAUAUUUUUCAAAAAAUCGCCGCAGCUGAAGAGCAGAGAAAAUGGAUUAUUGCUUGUGGAGCUCAUAAGACGUUAGUGAAACUUCUUGCAGCCAGAGACAACAGUGUUCUGCUAGGAGCUCUCCUGGCUUUGACUAGCAUAGUUGAAAGCCCAGAUUAUAAAGAGAAGAUCGGGGAGCUCAUGAUUGUGGAAAAUCUUUUGAUGAUUUUGCAGGAGUAUGAUUUGCUUUUAAAAAGGAUGGCUGCAGAGCUGCUCCGCCUGCUGUGUGCUGACCAGCAGGUGAGGGAGCAGGUUAAAAUCUUUGAAGGGGUCCCUAUUUUGCUGAGCCUCCUUCACUCCGAGCACCUCAAGCUGCUCUGGAGUGUGGUGUGGAUUCUGGUGCAGCUGUGUGAGGACCCUGAAACCAGCACUGAGAUCCGUGUCUGGGGAGGAAUCAAGCAGCUGCUGCACAUCUUACAAGGUGGUAGAGAAUAUGUGUCUGACCGUUCCUCUAUUGGGAGUUUAUCCAGUGCCAAUGCAGCUAGAAGGAUCCAGCAACAGCAUAUAUCAGAAGAGCUAAGUCCUCACGAAAUCCUGGAAAACACACUGUCACUACAGGCAGCCUGCUGUGCAGCACUGACAGAGCUCGUACUGGAUGACACUAAUGCCCAUCAAGUAGUUCAGGAAAAUGGGGUCUACAUAAUUGGGAAACUAAUUCUGCCACAUAAAGAAAGAACAGGACCAAAAACAGAAUUGCUUCAGUGCUAUGCCUUCAGGGCUUUGCGCUUUCUCUUUAGUAUGGAACGAAAUCGCCAUCUCUUCAAAAGACUCUUUUCUACAGAAAUAUUCGAGAUGUUCAUUGACAUUGGACAUUAUGUUCGCGACAUCACUGCCUAUGAAAAACUGCUGGCAAAAAUCUGUGCUCUUUCAGAUGAAGAAUUAAGUAACAUCAAAGAAAGUAUUGAAACUGUCAACCAGAAUAAGGCUCCUUCAAAGAUCAUCAAUGGCUAUGCAAUUCUUGAUCAUCUUGGAAGUGGAGCAUUUGGCAGUGUUUAUAAGGUGAGGAAACAGAGCGGGCAGAAUCUGUUUGCACUGAAGGAAGUUAAUCUUCACAAUCCUGCCUUUGGCAAAGACAAGAAGGACCGGGACAGCAGUGUGGAGAACAUUGUAUCAGAGCUAACCAUCAUAAAGGAACAGAUGAACCAUGUUAACAUUGUAAGGUAUUGCAAGACCUUCUUAGAAAAUGACAGGCUGUAUAUCGUAAUGGAACUAAUAGAAGGAACUCCCCUUGGGGAGCACUUUAAUUCUCUCAAGGAAAAACAAAAGCAAUUUACAGAAGAGCGGAUAUGGAACAUCUUUAUUCAGAUAUGCUUAGCACUUCGUUACUUGCAUAAAGAGAAAAGGAUUGUACACAGAGACCUUACACCGAACAAUAUAAUGCUGGGAGAAAAGGAUAGAGUAACUAUAACUGACUUUGGUCUUGCAAAGCAAAAACAAGAAAACAGCAAGCUUACCUCGGUAGUUGGAACUAUUUUGUAUUCCUGUCCUGAGAUUGUAAAGAGCGAGCCCUAUGGAGAGAAAGCUGAUGUCUGGGCUGCUGGAUGUAUCCUUUAUCAGAUGGUCACACUCAAUCCACCCUUCUACAGCACAAACAUGCUUUCUCUGGCCACGAAGAUAGUUGAAGCUGUUUAUGAGCCAGUUCCAGAGGGAGUUUUUUCAGAAAAAGUGACAGACAUCAUUAAAUGGUGUUUAACCCCAGAUGCUGAGCUCAGGCCAGACAUUGUGGAGGUCAGCACCAAGAUGUCGGAUGUCAUGAUGAAGUAUAUGGAUGGUCUUUGCACCUCUCAGCUUACCUUGGAGAAAAAAUUAGACAGAGAACGGAGACGCACACAGAAGUACUUCUUGGAGGCAAAUAGAACUGUACUGAGCUAUUGUCACUUAUCACCAACAUUACCAAAGGACGUUUGUGAUAAAUCUAGCAGCACAAGAAUUAACAGUGAAUCUGCCAGUUUUAAGAGUGAAUCAUCAGACUCAGCUGAAACUUCAUCAUGCACCUUUCAAGCCAGCACAGGAAAAGAUGGAGAGGAGAGACCGAACAAUGGUGAUUUUCCACUUGAAAAUUCCGUUUCAGUGAGUGCUGAAAAGGAUAUUGGUUCUGAUGAAGACCCGGAUACAUCUGAUACUUCUAACAGUUCCACGUCAAGCCCUAGUAAAGAUUUAGCUUUGAAAUUAAUAAAGCGAAGUAUUAGCACUUCAGGGACUGAGAGAUACCAUACAGGAUAUAGCGGUGAACUGAAAAUGUCCAGAUGUGGAGACUUUACUCUGCCAAUAACCAAACCCAGACCAGUUCCGCUUUCCUUUGCUUCUGUUAAGUCAGUGGCCUCCAGGGAAGGACAGCAGACAGUAGGACACAAGUGUCCUAGUCUCCCAGCAAUAAUAUUUCAUAAUAUCACUCAUCACGGUAGUACUAGAUACUUAAGUCCAAUAAGAAUUACAACAGAAGCAUCAGCAGGAAUUGCUGUUUCACAAAGGAAAGUUAGACAGAUUAGUGAUCCAAUCCAGAGGAUUCUUAUUCAGCUUCACAAAAUUAUCUACAUUACACAGCUUUCUCCUGCUUUGCACCACAACUUCAAACGAAGAGCGAUUGAGAGGUUCAAAAAAUCCCUCUUCCAUCCUCAGAGCAAUCCCUGUAACUUGAAAACAGAAAUUAAGAAGCUCCUACAGGGCUCUCCAGAACUCAUAGAGCCCAGCUGUGUUAGUACAGAAUGUCGAUUUUUAUGCCAGUCCUUAGGGGGAAACCCAGUGUCUCCUGAGGAUCAAGGUAACUCAGGAAAUAUGAAGUAUCAGGAUGGCGUGACAUAUGAGCAAAUGCAGACCAUGAUUGAAGAGGUUCUUGAAGAGAAUGGAUACUACAGUUCCACAUCAAAUAGGGUCUUGUGGUCUGAAGCGUUGCAGUUCCCAAACCAAAGAGUGAUACAGCUGGUCAAGGUGCUCUCAAUGGUGCUUCUGUAGAAUGUGGUGGGACAGGGCCAGGUGAAGGGCAAGAGAUACAGCACCAUCAGUAGACCGGUUGGGGCAGUAUGCAAACUGAAAGGGUUCCAGAGGGGCAGGACACGGCUGACUUCUUCGGCACCGGUAUUAUAGUGGUAGAUUUGAAGCACACAGGGAAGACCACCUGGCACAAGGAGAUAUUAAACAUAUCUGAGGACGUCAGCUAGCUGUUCUGCACAUUCAUUGAGCACGCGACCAGGUAUAUUAUCGGGACCAGCAGCCUUACGUGGAUUAACUUUGGCUAGUGUCCUCCUUACAUCAGCUGCGGGCAGGCAAUGCACCUGAUCGUCGGGAGGAGGUGUGGUUUUCUUCACAGACACAGCGUUCAUUGCUUCAAACCGUGCAGAGAAGUUGUUCAGCACAUCUGGAAGGGAGGCAUCACUGUCACUGGCACAUGGGGAAGUCCUGUAAUCAGUAAUGGCCUGGAUGCCCUGCCACAUGUGCCAUGUGUCUCUGAUGUCCUGCUUUGCCUCCCUGAUGGCACCGGAAAGGUUGGACCUCGCAGUCCUAAGGGCGUCCUUAUCGCCUGAUCUAAAUGCAGCAUCAUUUCUUCUUCUUAACAACCCCCAACAGCCUUUAUGUCACGAAGCACUCUUUCAGGACCCUAUGCAGACAACACAAUCCGGGGAGGAGUGAGGAAAACAUGGGGAAAAAAGCAUGCAAAGGGGCUGGAAGGAAAACAGGGGGCAUGUCCAAGGUGCGCUGGUGUUCAGGGGGGUGUGUCCGUAGCAAAUCCAAGAGUGUUCCAAUGUCCAAAACCGGGAGAUCCAUCCGGACACAGACAAACAGAGUUAAAAGCCGGAGCAGGAUCCGGCGAAGGGUCGGGGGAAUAAAAGAG